GUCUGUUCUUCUUCCAGUCACUUAGCUAAACAGGCUUUGGGACAAGCGAGAGGAGCACAAAAGUGUCCCUUUUUGUUUUUGCUGUCCAUAUUGUCUAUCUCCAAUGGCAGGAGGAUUGUCAUUACAGCAUCCUUGGGCAUUCACUUUUGGAAUCCUAGGAAAUGUCAUUUCUUUCAUGGUCUACCUGGCUCCACUUCCGACGUUCUAUCGUAUUUAUAAGAAGAAAUCGACCGAAGGGUUCCAAUCUCUGCCAUACGUUGUGGCAUUAUUCAGCUCCAUGCUCUGGAUCUUCUACGCAUUCAUUAAAGGCCGCGAUGCAUUCCUUCUCAUAACCAUCAACUCUUUUGGUUGUGUCGUUGAAACCAUAUAUAUCAUCAUGUAUCUCAUAUAUGCAGCUAAGAAAACGAGGAUGCACACAUUCAAGAUGUUCAUGCUAUUAAACGUUGGACUAUUCUCUUUGAUAGUUCUGUGUACUCUGCUCGUCUCCAAGCCCAGUCUCCGCGUCAAAGUUCUCGGCUGGAUCUGUGUUGCUUUCUCCGUCAGCGUUUUUGCUGCUCCUUUAAGCAUAAUUAGAAUGGUCAUUCGAACCAAGAGCGUAGAGUUCAUGCCAUUCUCUCUUUCAUUCUUUCUCACACUGAGCGCAGUAGUGUGGUUCUCCUUUGGCCUCUUCUCCAAGGACAUCUAUGUUGCGCUCCCAAACAUACUAGGAUUCACAUUUGGGGCAAUUCAAAUGGUGCUCUAUAUCAUCUAUAAGGAUACCAAAGUUCCUGAAAGCUUGGCAGAGGGGAACAAGCUGCCAGAACAUACGAUCGAAAUCUCAAAGCUUGGACCUUGCGAGCCCAUCGAUGUGGACAUGGCAGCCAAGCCGCCGGUCGCCAACAAGGGGAUGAGUUCAGUAUGAGAGUUUUAACUACUAGAAGUUGAAGAGAUUGAGAUAGUCUUCCUUAAAUGAAGAGCACUUACUUUAUUUUUAUUCUGUCCUUGUCAAUAAUGUUAGCAUUGGAGAGGUAGAGACUGUGGGAAAGAGGGUGGGUUAUGAGAAUUUCCUCAUUUAUUCUUCUUUCUUUUUCCUCAGUUUCUAAUUAACCUUCUUAUGUACUUAGUGGGUGCUAAGUCGCUUGUUGCUGUUAUCCUUAACUUGUUACUGCAGAUUAAUGAUGCUAUUCAUGUCUUAACCAAUGCGUCCCCUGUAAUAUGUGGAAAUCUAAUAAGCAUAGAUAUAUAGAGGGUGAUUCCUUCA